AUGAGCUUCGGCUCCUGCAGUCGAUAUGCUCUGCCUCGAUCACCACUGCCUUGGGGCACAGCCGGUCCAUCAAAGCAUAUGUCGACAUCAUGCUUUUCUUUCCAACCAAGAAGAUCGGUCCAUAACCUCGUAACGAGCAAUAGCCCAAAAACACGCAUAGGAUUAUCCACACCUGGUAGCAAUUGUCUUCCUGAAACUGCAUCUCAGAUAGCACCAUUCUCGACAUCCACUCGAAGAUCUGUACCACCUCCAUCCACAACGACUGCACCUCCAUCAACCUCCACCAAAUCCCCCACGGCAAUCAACACCGAUGCGACCCCAAAGGAUCUCUCCCAUUCCGUCCAGGAUAAGACAGACUGGCGGAUCAUCGUGAAACUAGCUGAAAAUAUAUGGCCGAAGAAUAACGCAAAAGUCAAGAUACGGGUGGUAGGAGCUUUGGGUUUGUUGGUAGCAGGUAAAAUAUUGAAUGUCCAGGUACCAUUCUUCUUCAAGACGAUUGUGGAUAGCUUGAAUGUACCUAUAACGGAAAGUAGUACCGUAUGGGUUCUGGCAGGUGCUUCGAUUGCUGGAUAUGGCGCUGCAAGGAUAUUGACCACUGCUUUUGGUGAAUUGCGAAAUGCCGUUUUCGCUUCGGUAUCACAAAGUGCUAUAAGGAAAGUAGCGAGGGAGACUUUCGAGCAUCUCCUAAACAUGGAUAUGAGAUUUCAUUUGGAAAGGCAAACGGGUGGUCUGACUAGAGCUAUAGAUAGAGGUACCAAAGGUAUAUCCUUCAUCCUCUCUUCAAUCGUAUUCCACGUUAUCCCUACCGCCCUGGAAAUAUCGAUGGUGUGCGGUAUCCUGUCCUGGAAGUUCGGCUGGGACUUUGCGGCAGUCACAGCGAUUACUAUGGGUCUAUACACCUGGUUCACGGUAAAGACGACAGCUUGGAGAACUCGAUUUAGGAAAGAGGCAAAUGCGGCCGAUAACAAAGGUGCGACAGUCGCUGUUGAUAGUCUGAUCAACUAUGAAGCUGUCAAAGCUUUUAACAACGAACGAUUCGAAGUCGCACAAUAUGACAAAACGUUGAAGACUUACGAAUCCGCCUCGGUCAAAAUCGCAACUUCCUUAGCGUUGCUGAAUUCAGGACAGAAUUUCAUCUUCUCAAGUGCUUUGACUAUGAUGAUGUUACUUGCUGCUCAAGGAGUAGUCAAGGGCACAAUGACGGUCGGCGAUCUAGUCAUGGUCAACCAAUUGGUCUUUCAACUCUCUUUACCCCUAAACUUCUUGGGAACGGUAUAUAGAGAAUUAAGACAGAGUCUGAUAGAUAUGGAAGUCAUGUUCAAUCUGCAGAGUUUGGAUUCAGGUAUCAAGGACAAACCCAAUACCAAACCCCUUGCUCUUAAAGGCGGUGAAAUCCGAUUUGAAAAUGUCAACUUCGGAUAUCAUCCCGAACGACCCAUCUUUAAAGAUUUAUCAUUCACCAUCCCCUCAGGACAUAAGGUGGCCAUUGUCGGUCCCAGUGGAUGUGGAAAAUCGACAGUGUUCAGGUUACUUUUCAGAUUUUACGAUUCUCAGAGUGGUAGAAUCCUGAUAGAUGGACAGGAUAUCAAAGAUGUUUCAUUAGAUUCACUGAGAAAAUCAAUCGGAGUAGUUCCUCAAGAUACACCUCUAUUCCAUAAUGAUAUCUUACAUAAUAUCCGAUAUGGUAAUCUAGAAGCGACGGACGAACAAGUAUACGAAGCCGCUAGGAAAGCCCAUGUGGAAGAGACGAUCCAACGUCUACCUGAUAAAUACGCUACAAAGGUCGGUGAGAGAGGAUUGAUGAUUUCGGGAGGAGAAAAACAGAGAUUGGCAGUUGCGAGAUUGUUAUUGAAAGAUCCACCUAUAUUGUUCUUCGAUGAGGCGACCAGUGCACUUGAUGUGUAUACGGAAACCGAGUUGAUGAAGAAUAUAAAUAAUACAUUAUUGGGUGGAGGAAAGACUAGUGUCUUCAUUGCUCAUAGACUCCGAACGAUAUCGGACGCAGACCUAAUCAUAGUCCUACAAGAUGGUAAGGUAGCUGAACAGGGUUCUCACGAGCAGUUAAUGACUAUCGACGGAGGUGUAUAUCAGAGAUUAUGGUUAGCCCAAUUGACGGAGAGUAUACAGAGUAAAGACGAAGAGGGAGAAAAGGAAGAAUUGGAAGCUGUUGGUAGUAAGCAGAAACAAUAG